AUGGAGGUUCGUGUAGUUAGGGAAGACGUCUGGGAGAUGCGACGCCUACUGGAAGCAUUCCUCUCCAAUAAAGAAAUGAGUUCGGAGGGAAUCGCCAACACCAACAGACGCCGUCUGGACUGGGUAGAGGCAUGCAGCGAACAACAGAUCGCUGCCCCUACAGCCAUAGUUAUUUCCAAGGAUCAGCGCACGGAGGAUGAAACUGUAAAGUUUCCCCCUUUGGCCGGGGACAAUGUCACGAACACUAUAGUAGAACCUACAGAAUGCGCUCCUUUGAUGAAGGCAGGUGGGCUUGGCGAUGUUGCUGGGGCUUUACCGAAGGCCUUGGCUCGGCGUGGACAUAGAGUUAYGGUUGCRGCASCACAGUAUGGUAACUAUGCAGAAAUCCAAGAAACAGGAGUGCGCAAGAGAUGUAAGGUGGAGGGGCAGGAUAUAGAGGUAACUUUCUCUCAAGCUUAUAUUGAUGGCAUGGAUUUUGUGUUCACRGACAGGCCUAUGUUUYGCAAUAUUGAGGAAAAUAUAUAUGGGGGAGGCCGAGAGGAUACUUUAAAUAGCAUGAUUCUCUUCGGUAAGGCAGCUCUUGAGGUUCUCUACUGUAAGCAUACCCGGUGCAUUCCUGUGAUCCACAACAUAGCACACCGGGGUCGUUGUCCAGUACGCGAUUUUUGUUAUGUGGAUCUUCCGCAAARCUACUUCAAACUAUAUGACCCAGGAGGUGGGGAACACUUCAAUGUCCUUACGGCUGGACUGAGUAGAGCAUAUCGUGUAGUCACUGUAAGCCAUGGUUACGCCUGGGAGCUGGAAACUAAAAAAGGUGGCUGGGGUCUGCAUCAAAUAAUCCAGCUUUAUGCAUGGAGAUACGGGGCAGUCCCUGUUGUUCUUACUGUUGGUGGACUGAGAAAUAGUGUGCAGCCGUUUGAUCCAUUCGUAGAGUCCCAAGCCAUGUAUCCGAAAUACGAGCUUGAGGACAAGCUCGUAGUCCGGGAAGGGUGUAAUGUUAUGGUCACACCAUCCGGUAAUUAG